GACAAAUAAUCUUUCGAAACUCUGUUGUAAGUGGUUCUAGUGGCGUCUUGGUUUUUAGUCACCAUAUUGAAAUAUUUGGAUCAGGUCAAUUAAAUUAUAAGUUUUUGAUAAUUAUUUGUUCAAAAGUUUAUAAAAAUCUUUCAAAAUGCCCAAAAAUAAAGGCAAAGGAGGUAAAAACCGUAGGAGAGGAAAGAAUGAAAAUGAAGCAGAUAAGAGAGAAUUAGUGUUUAAAGAUGAUGGUCAAGAGUAUGCCCAAGUUGUGAAGAUGUUGGGAAACGGUAGGCUAGAAGCCAUAUGUUUCGAUGGUGUAAAACGACUCUGUCACAUACGAGGAAAACUCCGAAAAAAGGUAUGGAUAAACCAAGGAGACAUUAUCCUGAUAGGAUUACGAGAUUACCAAGAUGCCAAAGCUGAUGUCAUCUUGAAGUAUAAUCCAGAUGAGGCCAGGAAUCUGAAGUCAUAUGGAGAAUUGCCAGAACAUGCCAAGAUUAAUGACACUGUUACAUUUGGUGAAGAAGAGGUAGAUGAUAUCAUUGACUUUAAUGAUGAUGUCAGUGAAGAUGAAGAUGCAAUUGAUAAUCUCUGAUACUUCUAUGGACAAUUUGUAUCGAAAGUGACAUUGGCCAUGGAACAUCAAACACACAGCACAUAAACAUAAGAAAAUUUUGCUGAGUGAUAUAACUUCAAAAAAAUGUAACUGUAAAAUUUUAAAAAAGUAACAGAUGUUGUUUGAGCAAAAGAAAAAUUAAAAUUCUGACUUUUUCUUUCUUUCUUUCUCUCCCAAGUAAUACCCAUUCUUAAACAUGAUCUGUUAUACUGCAUUGAAAUAUCAUUCUUCCCUACCACUGUUCUAUAUUGGUAAACUGUAUGCUUACACAUUAGUACAUUUGUAUUAUUUUGAUAUUUAUGGUGGGUGAAAUAUGGUGUUUUUUUUGUAAUGAAGUAUGUCAAGUAAUUAUUGAACAUGACUGUUUUUCAAACUUUAUCUUGCUAGUAAAUUUAUGAUGAUAAAGAAGUUUUGCAGAAUAUACACUAGAGAAAUGUUUUUUUCUUCCAUGUUGAUUGUAUUUUACUCACAGAUUCUAGAUCACAAUUACAGUACUCAUUUUUACAUUCUUUACUGUAUGAUUUGUUGCUGUUAAUUGUUACUUAAAGCUUGUGAGUGAACUUCAAAGAAUAUGGAAGAAAACCUUUAAUGUGUCAAUAUUUGCAUUUGUCACCCAAGCUAUAAGUUACUAUGUGAAGUUUGUAACUAAUUUUUAGUAGUAACUUCUUGUACCAGUUUAUGGGUGUGUUUUUUUUUGUUAUAUAUUUAGCUGAAAACCUAGAAUUUAUUUCAAACAUUACAGAUGAUUAACAGUGUAUUCUGUGCAUAGUAUUUAAAGAAGUUACAAGGUUCUGAAAUGUGAAUUUUGUGUACAAAUAAAUUUUAAGGUUACAUGAAUAAUAAGAGUGCAUUCAUUCAACCAGUAUAAAAGACUAAUUAUUUUAUUUUUGAAAUAGCCAUUUUAAAAAUUAGUUAAAGUAAACCAAAAUAUGCAGAUCAUUUCUUUAGCACUGAUGCGACUAAAACACUGUAUAAACAAUUGUAUCUUCAUUAAAAUUGAUGAAGAACUAAAAGAAAUUGAACAUCAGCUUAACUUAUUUAAAAAAACUAACUUGUACAGUGUAUGAAAUUAGUUGCAUGAUAGAGGGCAAUAAAAUUCUAAGACAGUCUUUGACUUCCAUUGUUUAAUUGCUAUUUUAUUUUGGUCAUAAAGUGCUAUUAAAAUGGUUUCGAUGUGGUGUAAA